CUAAAACCCCAGAACUGUUCGUGCAGACUCUGCAGAGAGAAGCAAAAAUUUGAUCUUGCCGGAGAAGAAAGAAGACAUUCACAUUAAUUCGAUAAGUAAAUAUGCAGAAGGGCUUCACUCUCCUUCAGACAAUUGCAAUUUCAGGUGUAUUUUCUGCUGUUUCUGGCUGGUAUGGGUUCAUGUUUGGGAGAGAAUCUGCUCGGAAGGAGCUUGGAGGUUUGAUUGAAGAUCUUCGAAAUUCAAAUUCUGACUCCGUUUCACCUACCCCUUCUCACUCUCAAGAGUAGCAGGUGCUAAGGAAAAGUAAGAUGAUGCGACUUUGGACGAUAGUAGAGAAUGAU